AUGACUGAAAGUUUGCCGGCUAUUGCUCAUCAUAUUGAUUAUUAUCCGUUGAAGGUGAGUAUGAUUUUGCCACGUGGAUUUUUUAAAUUCAGAAAAUUUCGACUGAUCUUUUCAAAUUCAAAAUUGAGAUAGCUAAGCCUAGGUGUCAAGCAGCCGAGCCUAUAAACCCUAGGUGUCAAUUAGCCGCGCCUUGAGAUUUUUUAUGCCAAGCAGUCAGAGCCUAGAGAUCUUAGUUCUCAAGCAGCCGCGUCUAGAUAACCUUAUUGUCUAGGAGAGGCUACUAGAGAUUGCCAGCCUGGCAAGCAGCCGCGCCUUGAGAUUUUCUAUGCCAAGGAUCCAAGCCUAGUAAGCCAUACUCUCAAGUAGCCGUGCCUAAAGAUCCGAAUUGUCUAGGAUCGGCGUCUAGAACUCCAGUCUGGCAAGGAUUCUCGCCUUGAGAUUUUCUAUGCCAAGGAUCCAAGCCUAGUAAGCCAUACUCUCAAGUAGCCGUGCCUAAAGAUCCGAAUUGUCUAGGAUCGGCGUCUAGAACUCCAGUCUGGCAAGGAUUCUCGCCUUGAGAUUUUCUAUGCCAAGGAUCCAAGCCUAGUAAGCCAUACUCUCAAGUAGCCGUGCCUAAAGAUCCGAAUUGUCUAGGAUCGGCGUCUAGAACUCCAGUCUGGCAAGGAUUCUCGCCUUGAGAUUUUCUAUGCCAAGGAGCCGAGCCUAGUAAGCCUAAUUCUCAAGUAGCCGCGUCUAUAGAAUUUUAUGCGUCAAGGAUCAGCGCCUAGAGAGCAAUUUUGAAUUUCAGAAAUUCAGUUAAUUUUGCCACGUGGAUUCUCAAACUUUUUUCAGUUCGAAUUUUUGAGAUUCCAAGCCAGACAAAGAGAUUUUUGGUGUCAAAAAGUUCAUUUGCACUUGACCCCCCAGACUUUUCGAAAAAACAAAUCAACCGGCAAAUUUCGACACACCAAAAAUCGGGGAAUUUGCAGAUUCGCGUCUUUCGAAACGGCGACAUUUUCGAUCGCGGUCACGUGUUGGCGGUAACUCGAAAACAAUUCAAACAUUGGAUUGUGUUUCUCGACGCGGUGACGGAUUUGUUGAAAACAUCGACGGCUGUGAGAAGACUGUUUUCACUUCAAGGAAUGCCUAUUCAGCAUGUUAGUUUAGACAGGGGUGUUAAUUAAUUUUGAUUAAUUAAAUAGAUAUAUAAAUGUCGGGAAAUUCGGCCACCAAAACAGACCGGCCACAUAUCUUUUGAAAUUUAUGUUUAACUUCAAUUUUUUUGUGUGCGCUUUGAGUUUCAUUCAUCAAUAUUUGAACAGUUUUAAAGUGCUCAUAAACUUUAAUUUGAAAAAAUUGCAGUUCGACGAACUCGAAUGUAAUGGUGAAUACGUGGCAGUGGAGAGUGGUCCGUUUAUAAAUGUUCCGUAUGGUCAGACAAGAUUCACAAUGAGAGGAAAGGUGAUUGGAUUUUUGUAGACGCAUUUUCACCAUGUUAGAGGGAUUUUCAGAAAAACUUGGUUCAUCUCGUCGAGGUGAAUCAGGAAAACUAUUUAAUUUUUUCUGAAACGCAUUCUCUUUCAAAAAAGUUAAAGGCGCACACAUUUUUUUGAGGUCUCGCAGCGACUUUUUCACGUUUUUCUGCGUGAAAACUAAAAUUUUCAAGACUUCUACUGAAUUUCGAAGAAAUUAAAUUGAAGAUUUUAAAAUUCCACAUAUUUGGAAUUUCAAUUAACAAUUGAAAUUUCAAUCUUAAAUUCUGCUUAAAGAAGCUGCUAAAUUCCACGUGGCGAAGAUUUGUUUUAACUCUUUAAUUUGCCGUGGCACAGGGGCCUUAGAAGCCCUUAAGGACCUUGAGGUUAAGGAACCGUAGAAGCUCUUAAGAACCUUAAGGUCAUAUUCUAAAAGUCCCAAAAGUUAGAUCAACUCACAUUUUUUUGCGUUUAUGGGUGACUGUAACUAAGAUUAUUAUGGGGUAUUUCGAGAUGGAAAAAAAAAUUAAAAAAAAAAUUUUUUUAACAAAAAAAUUUCGAUUCAGCAAAUGUCAAAAAACUAUACUUUUCUCAUUGAAAUAUUUUCGCUGCGAGAUAUUUUUCAUUUUUGUGUGGAAAAAAAUGACAAAAAAUAGGAAAAAAAUAUAGUUUUUUUUUACAUUUUCGAUUCGAAUCACCGCAUUAAAAUGCACGUAGAAGCUCUUAAGAACCUUAAGUUCAUAUUCUAGCCUAAAAGUUAGAUCAACUCACAUCUUUCCCGUUUAAGGGUGACUGUAAGGUUAUUAGUUAUCGCAACUUCUUUUUAAAAAUAGUUUCUGAACCCCCGAAACCCCAUUAACUCCCAGAUCUACAACCCAAUCAUCCGAAUUCCCGACGAAAUUCCAACCUAUCUCCAUUCCGCCGAAAGUAUGGACAUCUAUUUGAAGAAGGAGGGAUACGGCACGAUCACAGGUCAGUUUUUUUCAAAGGUCAAAACAUAUAUGCUGGUUGCAAGAAUGCAAAGUUCUCCCCCACCCGAAUUUUCCGCUCGCAUAAACAUUUUGUUUAUAUGUACAAAAAGGGCAGGCAGGAAGUACAUAUAUAUCUAUAUAUUUUCCGGUAAUUUUCUUGAGCAUUCUAUAUUCCUAGUAGGAUUCCACUUUAUUUUCAGGUCUACCUUAUCCGUUUGAUGGAAUUUUGAGCCGGAGUCCGAGCACUUCGCAAUUACACUUUAAACAUAUGCAAUCGCAUAUUCCACCGUUGAAGGUUGGUUAUUUUGGGGACUAAUAUGAGCAAUAUAGUAAUUACUAAAACGAGCAAUAUAUUUAAUUCCUGUCAUCAACUUAAUAUGAGCAAUACCUAACCAUAAGGAUCCAUUUAAUUCCUAACAUGACCUAUGAAGUACAUUCUUAAGAUGAGCAAUAUAUAAAUUCCUAACAUGAGCAAGAUAACAAUUCUUCAAAUGAGCAAUAUACCUCCUAACAUGAGCAAUGUAUGAAUUCUUAACAUGAGCAAUAUAUGAAUUCCUACCAUAAGCCAUUUAAUAAUUCUUAAUAUGAGCAAUAUAUAAACUCCUAACAUGAGCAAUAUAUUAAUUCUUAACAUGAGCCAUUUAAUAAUUCUUAAUAUGAGCAAUAUGCCUCCUAACAUCAGCAAUAUAUUAAUUCUUAACAUGAGCAAUACAUAAAUUCUUAAUAUGAGCAAUAUACCCCCUAACAUGAGCAACAUACCACCUAACAUGAGCAAUAUAUUAAUUCUUAAUAUGAGCAAGAUACCUCCUAACAUGAGCAAUAGGAGCGCUUGACAUGAGCAAUAUAUUAAUUUUCAAUAUGAGCAAUACCUAACAUGAUCAAGCAAUAUAAUAAGGGCAAAAUCAGCGAUACAUAAAUCUUAACAUGAGCAAUAUGUCUACUAACAUGAGCAACACCUAACAUGGGCAAUAUCCGAUUUUCUAGAUUGGUGGAAGUAUGGAACAUCUCAACGAACUCGGCACAGCCUCCUGGCUCGGAAAAAAUGAAAAAUGGAUGAUGGGCGAGCGGGUGUCACAAGCCCCCGCCCAACCUCCCACCGCUGAUCUCUCCAACACCACCCAAGAUUCAACAACUGCUGAAGUUUCGGAAGAUUCGGAAAGUUCGCAGAAGCCUGUGGCGUCUCAGAAUCAAGGUGGAACUUCAAUGAAAACUUCGACGUCGACUACAAAAUUGCCGCGAUUGAUAACAUCGAAUCGGAGUUCGGUGAAACGUGGGAAGAAGGAGGGAUCAUCAGAGGCGACGAAAAAUUUGCCGCCAAUUUCAAAUGUGACUGGAAGUGGGAAAAUUAAAAAUGUGGAGAAUGAGGAGAAAAAAUCGACUGAGAUUUCGAAAGUUGUGACGUCAUCGUCAGGUGAGCCUAACAUGAGCAAUAGCAAUUUUCAUCUUAAAAUUCGAAACUUUUAAAAAAAAUUUGCACUUUUUGUGGCGGGAUUUUUAACAUGAGCGAUACUCCGAAUUUUAGAGCAAAUUUGUUGCUUUUAAAUUUGAACUUACGCUAACUUAAAAUUUAUCUAGAAUUGAUUCAAUUUUCAGCUAAAAAUUCGAGCUCUUAACAUGAGCAAUUUAAAUUUAGGCUAAAUUCAAAAAUUUUUCAUUUUUCAGUUCAAAUCUGAUUCUGAAAAUUUCUACCAAAAUCCAAUUCACUAAUAAUUUCGGCUCAAAAAUUAAUGACCCGUGGCGAAAAUUUUUGAAUUCAAAAUUUAAUAAGAUGAGCAAUACUCCUAAUUUUUGUGGUUUAAAUUUGAAUUCGGGUUAAUUUUUUCAAAAAUUCCCACACUGAAAAUUUAACUGAAAUUCCAAAUCUUCGGCUGAAAAAUUACACGUGGCAAAAAAUUAAUUUCGAAAUUUGAAAAAUAUUACUGUACAUUUUUCGAACUCCUAAAGGCCUAAUAUCGUUGUUUUUUCUAUUUUCGUCUCCAAAUUUCGGCCCAAAACAUUUAAAUUCCCGGAAAUCCAGUGCCUAGCACCUUUUUGUUUUCAAAAACAACAAUUUUCCACCUCAAAACCCCCUAUAAAACCUCACAAAAAAUAUUUUCCUAACUAAGAAUUCUAAAAAAAAAUGAUGUCUCAAUCCUAUCACCCUCUUCUUCCUUCAGUUCACACCCAAAAAUUGGCGCCAAACGAAGAGGGCGUGCAAGAAUAUCAGCGAAGUUAUCAAAUCACCGAGACGACAUUUAUGACAACUCCGAAAAAGGAGAAAAAACGCGGGAAGUGGGAGAAUUCGCCGAUUUCGAUGAGGAAGUUUGGAAAAGCUGAGGAGAAAGAGAAAUCGACGAAAAAUGUGAAUGUGAACAAUAAUAUGAGCAAUGAUAAAGAAGUUACUGGAAAUGGAAAUGGAAAUGUUAAUAUUGAAGAUGAGAAAAAUCUAGUUAAGAAAUCGGCUAACGACGUGGAUAUUGAUGAAAUUCCGAGGAGAAAGAUUUGUGAGUUGGAAAUUUUGAGCUAGAUAAAUUUCAGAAUUUUUCACAAAUUGAAGCUUACGAGGAGUGAAUAAAUUGAACGUUAAAAACACGUUUUUCCUUUUUUACGGUCGCCACGUGGAAUUCAAAAAUAUAGGUUAAAACUUUAAGUUCAAAAUUUUUUCUGAAAAUUUCUCGAAGUUUUUUGUUUUCCUAAUUUUCUGGAUUUUUUUUCAGCUCUGCUUUUCCUUUGAAAUGAAAACCCAAAUUGCCACGUGGAAAUCAAAAUCAGUUUUAAAAUUGAAAUUUGAAAAUUUUCUAAUUUAAAUUUAUUUUUUUAGCUCCGAAAUCUUUCAGAAGAGGUAAAUAAAUUGAAAAAUUUUGCACUAAAAACAAAAAUUUCAAUUUUUAACCUGAAAAUUCAAAUUUACAGUGAUCAAAAAAUUAAAUUUGGAAAUUUCGGAGCCUUAAUUUCCACGUGGCACAAUUUGAGUUUUCAUUUUCAAUUUGUUGAAAAAGUGAAAAUCCAUUUUUUUUUAUUUUUGAAAAAUUUCCUCCCGCUUCUCUGCGUCUCUAACUUUAUAACGUUGUCUAACUGUCUGGCUUCUCUGCGCCUCUAACCCUCUAGCUGUCUGAUUUCUCCGUAUCUCUCGAUUCCAUAUCGAGCAAAUUCUCUGCGUCUCUAACUCUAUAACGUUGUCUAGCUGUCUCGCUUCUCUGCGUCUCUAACUCUUUUAAAAUCUAAAUAUUGCACGCAAUACUAAUUUUCAAAUAAAUACGUGAACUUCCACGUGGCAACUUUCCCUACAUUUUCAAUUUCAAAAAUUUCCCGCCAAAACUUACAGUAACCAGCCGAAGUGUUCACAACUUCUUCAACGACGAUUUGGACAUUGAAAUCGAAGACGUUUUGGAGCGCGCUCAACGUUGGGAGAUGAAUCGAAGACGGCAGGUAGUACUGUAGAGGUUACUGUAAAUCUGAGAUACUGUAUGUUUCAGAACAUGCGCCAACAAUGCACUCAAACAUCCGGCUCACUUCGCUCAAUUUCAGCGCCACGUCGUUUUGUUCAGAUUUUCGAUCCGGAUUUCGACUAG